AUCCCGCUAUUCAUCCGUCGUCGCGUGUGACGUCAGUAGGGGAAAUGGCGAUCGUUAUUGUGUAGAAAAAAUGCCGUGGCUCUGAGGCCAGCCGCAUCGCAUUUUGUGCUCGGUCAUCGCUGUCUGUUUAUUGGUGAAACAUCGCGCUUGUGACGUGGGACAAGGGAACGACUUUUUCGGAGUCCAACUUUCUUCGUUGGAAACAGGGUGGUGUAGGCACCCACCAAAACCGUGCUGGUAGGUGCCAAGGGGAAAGAGCAGCAUGUCGAUGUGGGGCCGUCUGCAGGAGCUGCCUGGGGAGCUGGUGCGCCAGUGCCAGCUGGCCUAUGGGGAUCACUUCCCCAUGGAGGUUCGCUGUGCGUUGGCUCCUUGGAUCGAAGAGAAGCCUUGGCAGGACAUGGACCCUGAUAACCCUGCUUUCGAACUGUAUGCGCCAAGUGUAGUGGCCUCCUUGCUCGAGGAGCUGCAGCGCAAGGCCUCCACCGAGGAAAACUUUGUCAUGCGGCUGAAGCUCCUGGAGGCUGUGAACUCUUUUAAGCAAAACUAUGGCCACAAUCCGUGUGCCCUGAUUCGAGUGAUCAAGAACUGCCUGGCCGCUGAGAUGCGUAUAAUCCAGCAAGGAGAGAACUGCCACAGGCUGGCUGCCCACAUGCCAGCCCCCCAAGAUCCACACACGGAGAUCACCCAGCAGUUGGACAAGCUGCGAAGGCGCUCACAGGAGAUGGAGGAAGAACUUCGCCGAAUGACCCAGCUGCAGGAGUCCUUUGUGAUCCAGUACCAGGAAUGCCAGAAGCUGCAAGCACACUACCAACAGCUGUCAACGCAGUCCAGUGGUCAGACCAAUGUGGAGCUGCUCAACAAGAUGCAUAAUGAGACCAAGGCCAUGGAGCAGGCAAUCCGGCAGCGUGUCAACGAGCUGCGUGACAUGCGCAUUGCCUUUGCAGACAAACAGCAGGAUACCGCAAUGCAGCUGUCCACGCUACAGACGCAAGUGCUGGAUGAUGAGCUCAUAAAGUGGAAGCGUGCCCAGCAACUUGGUGGGAAUGGCGUUAGUUUUGAAAACAACCUUGACCAAAUCCAAGAGUGGUGUGAAGCCCUGGCAGAGCUGAUCUGGCAAAACCGGCAGCAGAUCAAGAGGGUUGAGCUCCUGGCCGCGCAGGUGCCCAUAGGAGGAGCGUCUGCGAUUGGUGAACGCUUCACGGCCCUGAAUGCCCAAGUCACCAACCUGCUUUCCUCUCUCGUCACCAGUACUUUCAUCAUUGAGAAGCAGCCUCCACAGGUUAUGAAGACGAACACUAGGUUCACAGCCACAGUCCGUCUUCUGGUUGGGGGCAAGUUAAACGUCCACAUGACGCCCCCUCAGGUCAAGGUAUCCAUUAUCAGUGAGGGACAGGCCAAUUCCCUGCUGAAGAGUGACAAAGUCGGUGUUGGAGAGGCAAGUGGAGACAUCCUGAAUAACACGGGGACCAUGGAAUACCACCAGGCUACAAGGCAACUGAGUGUCAGCUUUAGGAACAUGCAAUUGAGGAAAAUCAAGCGAGCAGAAAAAAAAGGCACUGAGUCUGUUAUGGAUGAGAAAUUCUCAUUGCUGUUCCAAUCCCAGUUCAAGGUUGGAGGUGGAGAGCUAGUGUUUCAAGUUUGGACAUUGUCACUACCUGUGGUGGUGAUCGUGCACGGAAAUCAGGAGCCACAUGCCUGGGCCACAGUCACCUGGGACAAUGCUUUUGCUGAACCGAAGAGGCGUCGUCCCUCAUCCUCCUCCCACAACCAGGGUCGUGUUCCUUUUGCGGUGCCCGACAAGGUUCCCUGGCCGCAGCUGGGUGAAGUGCUCAGCAUGAAGUUUAAGUCUGCCACAGGAAGAGGCCUGUCUGAAGACAACCUGCGGUACCUGGCCGGAAAGAUCUUCCGCAACCCGCAGAUUCAGGAUUUCACCAACAUGCCUGUCAGCUGGUCUCAGUUCUGCAAGGAGCCACUACCUGAACGCAACUUUACUUUUUGGGAGUGGUUUUAUGCCAUCAUGAAAGUCACCCGUGAACACCUUCGGGCACCAUGGAAUGACAGCGUGGUGUGGGGAUUCGUUGGCCGACGCCAGGCAGAGGAUAUGCUUCGGCAAGGCUGCAAUGGGACGUUCCUGCUGCGUUUCAGCGACUCCGAGCUGGGCGGCGUCACAAUCGCCUGGCUGCACGAGGAUCCUCAGCAAGACACGAAAGAGGUGAUAAUGAUCCAGCCCUUCACUAGCCGAGACUUCACCAUUCGAAGCCUGGCGGACAGGGUGAGCGACCUCCAGCAGCUCACCUUCAUGUACCCUGACAUACCCAAGGACCAGGCUUUUGGGAAAUACUACACUCCUGUCACAGACACCCAGCCUGCCAUCAGCAAUGGCUAUGUCAAGCCAGUCCUUGUCACUCAAAUACCAGGGCUGUCGGGUAUGUUGAACCUCAUGGACAGCAAUCCGUCAACGCCGCAGUCCUUUUUCCACCCACACUCGCCAGACGCUGGAGCAAGCAUCUACCACGAUGGUUCCUCCCUUGACCAGGCCAUGCAAGCUCAUUUUUCACGGUGACAAACAGUGCAUGUUUGCGCUCCAGCUUUGUCCUAAAGAAAUAUUUCUUUCUUCGGUGUUCUUCACAUUUUUAGUGUAAGUAGAACUUCCUGUACAUUGUGUCUGUGCGAGAGUAUUGGUGCUUCCCACUUAUUGCAUCGUGAUUGUGAGCAGUCUUUGUGUGGUGAUGAAUACUUUCGUUAUGCUGGCUAGUGUGAGGUUGUAGCAUCGUGUCAGUGUUCUUCGUCUUUGUGCACAGAGAAGGAACACAUCUUUUAACAAUUAAGAUGGUGGCUUCGCGUGACAAGGCUUAUUAUCCUCAACAUGUCAGGUCCUUGGGUGUUGUAAUCCUUGGACCUUGUCCUAGUAAUUAAGAAAAUAUAUAAAAUUGAAUGAAGUAUGAAGCAUUCUCUGGGGAAAAUUUCGUGUGACAUUUGAUACCUCUGCUUUACGUUAACAGCUCGCCUCUCGCUUCAUAUAUAGGCAACAGAUGAAAAUUGGAAUGCUUUUAUACACAUUCUCUGCUAGAGCGAGUGUCAUUUACUGCUUCAAGGUACAGCUGGUUUUGUGCUCACUGCUCAGUGAACAUUACUGCGCUACUCAAGCACUUCGUUCGUCGACAUAAACAGUGCUGGUUGACUUUUUUAUCAGCUGUCAUCACAGAGCAAAGCUAUUAGCAGAGCUGAGUGGGAGAUGGCCGGUCAGUCAAAGCCAAAGGGAAAGAAUGUUUUGAAGGGACGCUAAAGGCAAAUAUUAAGUCAAGCUAAAGUGAUAGAUUAGUGCUCAAGAAUCUUGAAGGCUUGAAUAUUAUCGCAACCAGAGCUUUAAUAAUCGAGAAACUGAGGUGAAAGCAGGACAUGACUAGAAACUCCCCUGGGACAUUCAAGUAUUUGCCCAAUGACGAAAGCACUCCUCAGUUAAAUUCUGUCACUAGUACUCAACCACUCUUUGCACAAGUCAUCCUUGUAUUGUAAUGUAAGACGAAAUGAAAUGCUACCUGUGCAGUUAUAUUUUAUUUUUAGAAAAAGGAACUAAUUGGAAUUACCCUUGAAAAUGAUACGGGCGGUCGAAAGGCUUCGUUUUAGCUGGACUCCCGCUACCCACACUUUUGCGUUUCAGCAGUUUCGUUAUCGCGUAGUGCUGUGCUGGUUUUGCGGGCUUGCGAACCUCGCACAAACUGCACGUAGCAGAGAAUUCAACUUCCAUGUUGUGUCGUGGGAUGCCUGAACAGCCUACGCCACUCAUGAUGCCGCUUGACCAAAAAACAGCUGCAGCAGUGAUUCCACCACUUUGCCUUGGCUCAGUGCCGCCAUCUGUUUGGGCACCGUUUUACUCAACGACGGCAGCAAAGGGUGGUGAUGGCUUAUGCAAUGUCAUUACUCCCUCGGUUGGGUGGUGGGAGAUUUGAAUUUCGAAAAAGGUAUUUGGACCCUUCAGAUGCAUUUUUUUUUUGUAAACUAAGUCCUUCCUUGGCACGAAACAAGCGUUGCGAGGUUCCUGGAAUGGUAUUUAAACAGUCCACGUUGACUUAUUAUUUGCCUUUAAUGUCUCUUUAAAACUAAACAGUGAUUUACCAGUAAAAAAUCCCAAGUUUUAGACUCUUGGAUGGCUGCUCAAGUCAAAUAUCAGAAUAUUCACCGCCUUUUUAGAUCAGUUGGUGACUUGCUCUAGCAGCAACACUUCCACCUGCCCAGAUGUAUAUUUUGUAGGUUUCUCAACCACGGCUGUAAGCACUGGGAGCUGCAGGAGUGAUUUCUGAAAUGCAGUAUGUGGCACCAUAGUUUACAUUGAAUCAGUUAAACUGUGCAACACAUAUAUCUAAUGAUUGAGCAUGACAAGAACAUAUGAGUAGCACUUUUUGUAGAAGUGUGUUUAGAAGUUGGAGACACAAUCAAAUGAAGCACCUGUUACUAUAUUUAUUUGCACAUGUAACACAUGCUCUCUGUGCCCUUAAAAUGAAUUGCAGCAUCCAAAUAUGGGGGAGGGGGGGAGGCAACGACAGCAAAGGGCUUUUAAGAAUGAAGAGAAUAUGCGCAGAAAUAUACCUAAACUGGUGCCUAUACGUUGUUGUUUCUGUCUACACUUAGUUCCUCCUUGCUGACUGAGAGCAGUGUGAGCUGGUGAAGUUGGGCCAUCACUUGUGCUCUGUUUCACAAUAAAACAGCACUAGAGUGGGGGCUGCGGCUGUCACCUGGUUAUCUCCCCAUGCAGCAUAUACCUUAGUCGGCGUUGUCUGCACACGCCUGGGCACUUCAACUUAAGUGUCAAAAGCAUACCUCGCACCUCCCACGCCAACGCCACAUUAGACAGCCUUUGUAUGGCAUUUCAGCUGUUUACCUGUGUGUAGACAAAGCGGCUACUGCCUUUAACAUGCACAUUUUAAGAGAGUUCACAAGUGGUCUAACGAGGGAUGUCCCUAAAAUCAACAUACUGACAACGGGACUUGUAUUCGUCAAGGUAACAACUGCUUUUCUCAAUAGAACAAGGAAUUUGAGUGCAAUAACUGACCCCUAUUGACCAUUUCAAGUCUCUAUCUUCCUGUCCAGCUCUUGUCUUUUUGGCACAUUCUCAGAGAGGCAUUUUAGAACAUUCCGCAUGUACAAAACUAAGCACUGUUGCCCCGUCUCACAGACACUAAUCAAGCCAUUUCUGCACCAAUGGUGGCAUUUUUAGCUAGGCCUAAGCUAGUUCGUCUUAAAUACAGCGACAAACCAUCGCAAGUACUUCAUUAUUGAAAGUGAAAUGAAUCCAAACAUUAAUCAACUCAGCCAUUCUUACGAACGCAACAAGAAGCCCCAGCACUACAGUGUACUUGAUUUGAAGAGGGCACCCUACAUACGUCUACGUAUGUUGUCCUGCUAGCUGUGCAAGUCAUGCGACGCACACGGUGUUGGUAAAAAAGGAAGCAUGUGCACUUAAGAUGUGCUAUGGUAUAGGAUAUGCAAGGGCUUUGCAUUUGCUUUACUAAAACUGCUUGUUAUUUUGAAACAGAGUACAGCUUGUGCUGAUGCUGCUGUUGUACCAUGCCACUAUGUAUCUUAGUCAUGUGGUGCAAGCUGCUGAUGCAACAUCCAAAAAAGUCCAGCUGUUGGCUUUUUUCCAUUGCUCUGAUGGGGGUAGAUCGAUAUGCAUUGAGUAACAAGACCUUGGCUUACGUUCUACCAUGGGCCAAGUUAAUCUGAAGCUGAGGAAAACAGGACAUUCAAGUUUUUUUCAAAAAUCGGAUGUGUCAGAUCAUUGUUCAGCCUCUUGAUGGGGAUGUCUGGAAGGGGCAGCAAUUACCUGAAUGAAUAAUUACAAUAUCCUAGUUAAAAAUAUUGAUUGGUUAACUUUCUAAUUAUUCACUUUAGGGCACAAGCUACAACUAGUGCCCUAAAGUGAAGUCACGUCUGCUUAGCAGAAGUCUUAGACCAGCACCACUUUUGAGGUAUCCAAGCUUAAAUUUUGCUAGCAAAUGCAUUGGUGUUCCAUUUAAUAGUUUUCCUAAAACAUCCCUCUGAUAGUUUCAGACAAUCUUGCCAAAAAAUGCCAAUGUACUUUUUUUUUGGCAGAUUUUAGGGACAGAUAUCUUGAAAGUAGUGCUAGUCUUAGAAUUUCUGCAACCGGCCACAGUAGCUUAGUGGCUAUGGCAUUGCUCCCUGCUGAACUGCAGGUUGCAGGUUUGAUCUUGGUCACGGCGGCGCCACAUUUCGAUGUUGGCGAAAUGCAAAAGCGCUGUGUUGUACUUAGCUUUAGAUGCACAUUAAAUAACGCCCGAUCGUCAAAAUUAAUAUGGCGUCUCCCACUACGUCGUGCCUUAUAAUUGUGGUUUUGACUUGGAAGAACCCCAGUAUUUAAUUUUUAAUUUAGAAUUUCUGCUAAGCAGAUUUCUGUCACUUCUAAAGAUUCACUUGGAGAGGCCAGAGUGUGCUAUACUCUCCAUGCGAGUGAGAAAAAUCUGUUCAAACUAAGAAUAUUAACAUGUGGUUGUGGCAGAGCUGCCAGUGACGCUGCCUCAUCACCUGUGACGUCACGCUCCUGUUCCCAUAUAUACCAGCAUCCCACCGGCAAUAAACAUUGUUCUUCACCGACAACUGGCCUGCGCACAGCGACUCUUCUAGCUGGCACGACAAUACCCGCGGCACCGAGCUUCAGCUUCAUUUUGUACUCGAAGUCCCUUAGCUGGCCGAGUCCUUUGAAGACUUCUGCAAAAGGCUGUGCUGGAGGGUAAAUGUGUUCGUAUUCAAUGCUCUCCAAGUGUCUGAUGAACCCCAAACGUUCCACCGCUGAGCCACUCAGUGUUACCGGCACGUUCUGCUCUAGAAUGAAAAAUGUUUCUUCGUGAGAUUUGUUGUUCGCUGAAAGUAACAGCCCUACUUUUUCAUGCGAUGCAGUUUUAUGGCUAAAAAUGCCGUAAGCGUGACCCGGCAGGAUUCUGUUGGCCUAUCUGGUAGCGUCUCAAUGUCUCAUUUCAAAAUAACGCAACAGUUUGAGCCCGUGUCUAAUUUGCACGUCAUUGGUGUGCCUUCAAUAUGAAUCGUUGCAUUCCAGUUGUCUGUUGUUAUGGUAUGAACCGUUAAAGUUUCCAAGAAAUAGCCCUCUUCUGCUUCUAGACGCAGCUCACGCAAAUCGCUGCAUCUCUGAACCGCGUCUCGUAAAGUUUCAGAGAAAUGGUCCUCGUCUGGUUCUAGACGCAGCUCACGCAAGUCUCUGCAUCUCUGCACCGCGUCUCGUGAUGGCGGGCGGCGUCUUGCAUACUUGGGCAAAAUGGUUCCGCCUGCCGCACUUUUUGCAAGUCUUCCCAUUUGCAGCGCAUAUUCUGCUGUGAUGUGUCUGGCAACCGCAUUUACUGCAGAUGUUUCUGUUACUUGCUACUGCAUGAACUCGUUUCCUGAGCGGUUGCGGCUGCUUCGCUUAUCUCGUGAAACUGCUCUUUCCCUUGCUCAUGGGCGCGACAGAUAUCGACAGUCUUCUGAUACGAAGAGUUUUGAGCAAUCAACUUUUGCUGCAAAUUCAUGUCUCGAAUGCCCAGAAUAAUGCGGCUGCGCAGCAUGCGAUCUUCUGGCUCUCCAAAUUCGCAAUUUUUGGCUAGUAUACGCAGUUGUGUCAAACAUUCACUGAAGCUCUCGCCUUCCUUCUGGUUUCUUGAUCCGAAACGGAAUUCCUGAAAGGUCAGGUUCGUUUCAGGCUUGUAGAAAUUCUCACAUUUCUGUAAGAAGGUGUCGACGUCGGUUUUGUCUUCACCUGCUUCAAACUUGAACGUGCUGUACGCCUUUCUAGCCUCUUCACCAAUCGUUACUAGCAACAUGGCUGCCUGCACAUCUUUGCUCUGCUUGCUCAGCUGAGUGGCUGUAGAAAACAAGGCAAACUCGCUCUUCCAAGUUUGCCAUCCAAGCCUAGCGUUGUCUGAUGUGUCCAAGGGCUUCGGGGGUGGAAGAAGAGACGCUGGCAGUGACAUGCUGACCAGGGACCACUGCCACCAUGUAAGCAGGCCAGUUGUCAGUGAAGAACGUUUAUUGCCAGUGGGACGCUGGUAUAUAUGGGAACAGGAGCGUGACGUCACAGGUCACGAUGCCGCGUCGCCGGCUGCUCUGCCACAGUGGUAUGCUUCAAGGAUUAGUUGCUAGCUUCGUAAAUAUUCACUUCAGGAUUAGAUAUCGUGCUGGCGGUGUGAAAUCACGAAAUGACAUGACUGCAGAGCUUGUGAGGUGCUCAUUACUUUGGGCAAGCAGUUUCUGUGUACCCAGCAAAGCAGUGCCUUUUCUUGCAGGGUACCCUUUGAAUAAAAGUGCUAGUGCCAACUUGUUAACCAUUUUUAACCAUUUUUCUAUUGAUCUGUCACCAUGGUGAGCUGAAUUUGCAAACCUCCAGCACUUGAUUCUUGGUGAACUGGAUCACUUGUUUUCUCUACAUGUUGGGUGCAUCUAGCGUUUUUAACUGCUUAGGCACUGGUACUGCUUGAGGUUUAUGAAAAGACACAUCAUGACACUAAUAUUAGAUAUUUUCUAAUAAAAUAUACCUAUAUAUUUACAAGCUCAUUGAUAAGCAUAUUUUUAUAUACCACACUUGAUCAUGGUGCUUAUGUCAACUGAACGAUCAUUAUCAGUUAUUUUUAUCUGUUUGUAACUUUGUAAUCAAAGAAAGCAUUGCCAACCAGUGAAUGGAUUUGGGCAUUUGUCACUGUAUACUAUAGUUGCAGUCAAGCUUAUUGUCUUCAGCUUGUUUUGCUAAAAACCUGAGAUUGUUUUGUGCGAAAGUGUUGGACCUUCGGCCUUGUAGGGUUUUUUUUUUAAUGAGGUUUAUAAAACAAUGCUUUGCACAGCUAACAUUCCACAGAGGUGAAGUUGUAAAGAAAAAGAAACAAGUCUGUUAGCAAAUUUUUACGAUUAGCAACCAUAACAGCUUGGUUAAAAUUCAUGUUAUCUUUUUUCUUCUUAUUAUAUUAUACUAGUUAGACAUAAAAGAAAUUGAAGUUGGGAUAGAUCCUCUCUCUCUCUCCCUCUCUCUCUCUCUCUCUCUCUCUUUGAUUCUCCUGUGUAUAAAUUGAGUUGACUUAUUAUUCCUAAUGUUGUUUCUCACAGUGCACUGUGACGCAUUGUUUGCCAAGGUUGUUAUUUGGUGUUAUUUGCCUUUUAACUUGCCUUUUAAGUAUCCUGUGUGUCAAUGUCUUAAUAUGACCAGCCCAUUGUAACUGGGUUCUCUUUAUAUACUUGUGUGCAGUUUCCCCUCCCCUCCGCUCCUCUCUUUCUGUAUAUGAAAUUUAAGGUUGCUUUUGCAUAUUGCUUUCUGGUUCAUUUCCAAGUGCCAUGCUGUUCCUGGUGUGUCGCAAAACCAGGAGAACCUUAAAGUGCUGUCACAAAGGAAUAUUUUACGUCAUUUGUAGUAAAUGACAUCUGUUACUAUAGUUAUAUAUUGUGUGGGGCUUUGUGGCAAAAAAGAAAGUACUAAUGGCGAGCCUGUAUGUUAACAAUGACAGUGUGUAAAACGGGUGUAUUAAGCACCAGUGGUAUUUCAUUGUAUGCCAAACAACGCCUUUAGGUGAAAGAAAUGCAGCAAGGCUUGCCGGUGUGUGCCAUCCAUUGGUUGCAUGCCGCGAAGUUGCAUGUUUCAAGGUUAUAUUUUGCAUUGGUUGCAAGAACUCCAGGUGGUCAAAAUUAAUAUGGAGUCUCCCGCCACGGCGUGCCUCAUAAUCAUAUUGUGAUUUUAGCGUGUAAAACCCCAGAAUUUAAUUUAAGGCUUGCUGCCAAACAAAUGGUUUUAUAUAUACAUUUGCACAAUCUUUGAAAUGUUUACGCAUGAGAUUUAUGGACAUAGCUUUCGCGGCUAUCAUUGACCUUAUGCCCUCUGGAUAGCACAAGAAUAAUGGUGGUAGUCCUGUUGCUGCCUCACUAACAACACACUUAGUGCUUCUUAUCAGACAAUAGAUAUCUUAGAGGAGCUUACCAUAUUUCUCAAUCAAUAUUUUUGCGUGAUUAGUUCAGUCAAAACUAGAGUCGGGACAGUUCCAUUUGUGGGCGUGGCAGAAUGGCAUAAAGGUAGGUACUAUCAUGCAAUGCGCAAGAUAAAUAUCUGCUUCAUAAGAGCUGAGAGCGGUUUGUUGACCAACUUUAGAGAUAGGCAUAAGGAUUGAAAGUGCCACCAUCACCCUUGCCUAAUAAUAUUUGCAUCCUCACAUUUGUGUAGUAGUUUGUUCGUGACAUUAACCCGUUAUCGACAGCAGAUCAAAAUACCAGGAAAAACAAUUGUAUCUAUAUGUGCAAAACACAGAGAAUAAGUGUAAUCAAUGAAAAGAAAAAAAAUAUAUUUCACUGAAACUUUUUCAGCAAUAGGGGGGAAACACCAGGCAGGAAACUGGGAAUGGGCUUUACCUCAGGGCACCUGUGGCUUCGUUUGAAAUUUUUACAGACAGCUCUCUUCAUAUGUGAACUAUAGGUGUACACGAGAAGAAAGGGGAUAACCGAGGGGCCCGAUUUUUAUUAGUCAUAUCAUAAGAAGCCAACAAACAUGGACACCAAGGACGGGCCCCUCGGUUAACCCCUUUCUUCUCGUUUAUUACAUAACGAGGGUCUCGAAUCCGGCUACAUUGAUGCCUUCAGGUAGCAUAUGUGGGUUUAUUGACCAGUUGCCUUCACCCAAAAAGAUCACGUUCUCGUGACACCUGUGGCAAAAAGGACAUUCCACGUCCGCCGCCAAGGUCUGUGAGUGGUGGCGCUGGCUAACACUCCCAGGGUUCUACUAGGACACGCACAUACCCAAGAAAGUGGAUGGGGAAAGAGUGCCGCGGUAGCUCACUUGGUAGAGCAUCGCACGCGAAAUGCGAAGGUUGUAAGUUCGGUUCCCACCUGCCUCAAGUUGUUUUUUCAUCCACUUUAAUUUUCAUUAAUUUAUUGUUUCUUUAUUUAAUUUAUUAAGCACAACCCCUAAGCAUAUUUCCCCUAUGUUGUCCUUGGUGUCAGUGUUUGUUGGCUUCUUAUGAUAUAACUAUAGGUGUACACGUCAUUUGCAUUACUUCACAUGUGUGAUGCCACUGCAGCCGGAGAUCUCGCAUUGGCCUGUCUCCUCAGAAUGUGCUUUCAAAAGACAGCGUCCAAACUUUUUUUCUUGUCCUGUGUUCCUGUUCUAAACUAAGUGACGCUUGCCACCUGUUCAAUGCUGGCCAAAGGCAUUUAGCUAAAAACAUCCUACUCAAUACUGAAACUUGGCAAGAAAAAUUUUUUUUCUCUGUUGCACACUGCCCAAUAAAUGGUUGAAUGUAGACAGGGAUCAUUACAAACAUACCUGCCAACACCUGAAUUUUUUGUAAAAGUUUACAAAUUUGGACUCAUUUUACUAUUUUAAGAACUUGCAUCAGGUUUUACGAGAAAUAAAUUCUGCUAUCAAAAAUGGCUUUAAGGAGUUGACAGAAUGUGUGGUGCAAGAUUGCCAGAAAUAUGCAUGCGUAAGAAAUAGUGAUGGUACCUGCGCUACCCUUUUGUGCCAGAGGGGUGCUUGCUUCAGAGAAGUUCCCAAAGUAUGCCAAAUUGACUACAGCAAAGUUGCUUAGAAAGCUAUUGUGAUCUACAAGAUGUGUUGCUUGUCAAAUUCUGCUGUUCAAAGUUUACUGCUACAUGUGUGCUGCAUCUAAAGGUAAACCACCACUAAUAAAGUGCAUAUGUAUCCUGCAAAAGGUGUGUGCCUGUUGCAGGAGGAAAAAAAUAUAUGCUAUUCCCCUCCUUCCCACUCCCUUGCUUGUCAUGUCUGUGGUAUUUUUAUGAAUUUUAAAGUACAUGGUUUGGCAGGUAUGAUACGAAUGACGUAAAAUAUUCCUCUGUGACAGAGUGUAGGAAGCUACACAAUUCAUACUGCAGGAUUUGUGCCUUUUAGUUCGUUGUACCAUAUCUUUGUGCAUAUAACCUGCACCCCCUUUUGCAGCAGCCUUUGGAAGAGGAAAGAAAGAAAGAAGUUGAUGUGUAUAGCUUGUGCGAUUAACAAUAAUAAAGAAAACGGUGCUCAAAUCAUUACAUAUAAGACUUUACCCAGUUAUUGGCACAAAGGAAAUUUACAGAAUCGGUAUUGGUUUUCAUGUUCAGUUGACAAUGCUUUUACUGCUUCUCAGUGUAAUGUGGCUUGCAUGGCAGUAAGCUGUGCGUUACAUCAAAUUUGCAGUUAUAACUUUCUACUUCUUUGUCUUCGAUUCCUCGUGCGGGUAAUGUGCAUGAAAAUGCUGCAUUUUGUGAAUAACUGGCUGAUACACCAAGUUCUUUAGAAGCUGAUGCUUACAUGCGUGUGUUAUCAUUGCUCUCCUAGGAAACAUUUUCACAAGUGUCCCCUGGCUCUCUUUUCUAUGUGUGUUUCUGUUUCUGAACAGAGAAUGCUACUACCAAUUUUCCCACAUGCUGGCAUAGUAAUUCUUUCUGCAAGCCAUUACAGGCUAAUGUGCCAUGAUGUAGUUAACCAUAUUUUACAGGCAGAUAUUAGUGUUUGUAAAAACAUGUUUUUAGUCAUAGCCUUCGAUAGUUGUUUGAUGUAAAAUCUACUUUUUUUAGUCAUUGUGUUAAGAAGUCUUAGCGUACAAGUUACAAGUGCUUUCCUUUAGUGUUUGGAGCAGCAAUGCUGAGUAUUAAGCGUACUAUGCUGCUGUCUUCUUGGGUUGUUGUGAAAAAAAAGAAAAAGCUGCAGCGUGCAAAGAUGCCAGAUGUAGUGUGUUGUAUGACGUUUGUUCUUUAAAGGGCCCCUCACCAGGUCUGGCCAUGUUGAGCUGACAACCACAGAGCAUACAAUGUGCGCUAACGAUCGUGUUUGCAAAGAAUUACAUCGCUACGCACCAUGACAAGGUCUGAAAUUUCAAUCAGAACGUUGUUUUACCUUUCCCUUGCGGCGACUGCGCUCAGUCUGACGGUGACGUACUCUUGUCCCUGCGCCUACGUACUUGUGUUUAGCUUAGAGAAGUAAUAAAACACACAAACGCAAUGUCUGCGUGUUUUUUGUUUUACUUCGCCCUAAAGCAAGGGAGAUGUACCUCCACUUUGUCUGCUUGUUCCCAUGGUCGUGCAGUCACGUGCGCAGGUACCGAAACUAUGCGAUUUUCUACCGUGUUCCAGUGCAUGAUCAUGCUCUGUGAUUCGCUUGUUCUGCCUCAGUAUUGAUGUAGGUAGCACUGAAUUAUACCGCUAGUCAUGUGUCCUUGUGCACAGCGCAUAAAACGAGACAAUCACAACAGCUCAUGUACAACACCGUCAGUAAAAGUGUGCAGCGAAAAAAAAAAAAAAAAGGAGCGAGGAGGGAACAAAAAAAUGAAGGCGGGGCCCAUCACCUAUGCGUCACGCAAUCCUCGAGGUCCGGUAUGGGAGAGCACAGGGAAGGAAUUUCGCUUGCAAAGGCUAGACAAGGCAAGGGGAAAGUGUGUCUCGCUUGGUAGUGGAGGGUCCCUCCUGAAGUCAUGGGUUCACAGCACUGAAAUAUCUCUAUCUCGGCUACUAAUGAGCCGAUUUGAAAAGGCGGAUGGAUGAAUGGAUGGAUGGAUGUUAUGAGCGUCCCCUUUGGAACGGGGCGGUGGGUUGCGCCAUCAAGCUCUUGCUAUUAUACUGCCUAAUGUCCUACCUAGGUUAAACAAUAAAGAAAGAAGAAAAAAGAAACACUAUGGACUACCACAACCAAAUUUUCUGAUCCCCUAUUGCGAACUGUGCUUUUGUAGUCUCCGGUUUUUGUUGUUUCCCUACUUCCACCAAUCCUCCAAUUGCCUCUUACUAAUCCCUAUUGCCGGACAUGUUUACUUUUCCACUGCUCUCGCUGAAUCCAAGGGCUUCAAGGAGGCCAGCGGUGCCUAAAUCGACCCUUUGGGUAGAUGUCUUCACAUUCUAAUAAAACAUGCUCCAUAGUUUCCCUAGCUUUACCGCAGCAAGCACAUGCUUCUUCAGUCUUAUAUCUCGCUUUAUACGUGCGUGUUCUAAGGCAUCCCGAUCUCGUUUCGAAAAGUAAUGAGCUUCCCUUUGAGUUAUCAUAAAUUGUUUCUUUCCUGAUUUCGUUUUUUCCUCUUAAGUAGUUACUCAUGGCAGGUUUCUUUUCCAUUGCCACCACCCAUGAGAUUAUUUCAGCCUCUCUGACUUUCCGCUUGACCUUCUUUGUUGCUGUGUUGCCCACCCUACAGGCCGCAUACUUGCUGGUAAGCUUCCUAGUUCUUUUCCUCCACUGCGAAUCAAUGUUUUUCCUGUACAGAUACCUGAACACUCUCCCAGCCCAUUUACUUUCUUCCAUAUUCCUCAGCCGUUCUUCAUACUCAAUUUUACUGCAAGCUUCCCUCACUUCAAAACUGGUCCAGCCCAUAUCACCCUGCACAGCUUCAUUUGUAGUCUUCCUUUGAGCGUCCAAUGCGAGGCGACCCACUGACCUUUGGUUCCCGUCGAGUCCUGAUUGUACCCCUGAUUUGAAGCAAACAACUGCAUUUCCAAAAAUAAGUCCUGGAACCAUUACACGUUUGCACAUACCUCGGAGCACCUCGUACCUAUUGUAUCCCCAUAGCACUCUGUGCUUCAUUAUGGCUGCAUUUCUCUUCCCCUUCACUGUUAUGGUUUUUUCCUGUGUUUCCAUAUAUCCAUUGUAUUCGUUUAUCCAUAUACCAAGGUAUUUAUAUUCUAUUACCCGAGGUAUUUCCUGGCCCUGUAUCUCCACUGUCUGUUCACUGUUUUCAUUGGAUACCAUAACACCUGAUUUUCUAACACUAAAUUUCAAGCCUAAAUUGUUGCCUUCCUGUCCACAGAUAUUAGCCAGACGUUGCAAAUCACUUUGCUUGUUAGUUAACAACACAAUGUCAUCCGAUUAAAUAAACCUGGGAGCUGCUGCUCUACUGCUGUACCCGCCUGUUUGUAUGAGAGAUUAAACCCGAUAUUACUUCCUUCUAGUGCCCUCUCCAUCCUCACCAUGUACAUCAUAAACAGCAGCUGGGAUAAAGGGCACCCCUGCUUCGGUUCCUUGUUGAUAUGAACUUUCUCCUCGCUCCUCAUCCCUUCCCAUUCAAUGUAAACGGUAUUUUCUAGGUAAGUCUCUCUCAAAAGCUGUACACACAGCACUGAAAUAUCUCUAUCUCGGCUACUAAUGAGCCGAUUUGAAAAUUUUUUGCGGCAGAACGCUCCCCAGAGGACAUGUAACAACUUCCAGCAUAUAACCAAAAUUUGCUAUGGGGCCUGGUGAGGGGCCCUUUAUAGGCACAUCCUGCAGUGCAGCUAUACAAAGAAUGUUUCAAGAUGUUGCUAGUACCGUCUGCUUGAAAUGCGACGUUCAUGUUAUUGUGAUGAUGUGCUGAAAUGGAGGCUUUAUUGAGGUUUUGAAGGUGUCUUGCAUCUUUUGUGCACGUGACUUAUGAGCAAACGGUACUGUUGUUGAGAGCAUGAUUCAUUGUUUACUGUUAGGACGUCUGUCAAAAAAUAUAUAUAUUUUUUAAAUCUGCACUUUUGAUAUUGCAGAUGUGUUUCCUUUUAUUUUUCUUUCUUUUUUUAAAUUUCAGUCACGAUUUUGAUCCUUGAGGGCAUUGUUUUGUGUACUUUCCGUGUUUAAAAAGCACUUGUGCUUGUUCGUUCUUAGAUUUGACGUAGUAUCCGAACACUGUAGGAAAUGUUCUAUAUGGUGUAUCUGAAGUUUGUGAAGAAACUAUGCCCAGCUAAAUGUCACUAGCUGCAUAAUUUCUUGCCAAACUCUGGCAGACACUCCUGUGAACUGUUUAGCUGCAUUGGUAUGCUGCACUUUCUCCUAAUGGGUGUGCUCCAUAUGGUAAUGAGCGAGGCGAUGCACCCAUAACAAUUUGCCCGAGACAGGCAGCAGCACAUUAAAAAUCUGCAGAUGCCUUUAAGUUCUCAAAAAGGUGCAUUCUAUAAAGUGUUACGGCCAUAAUUAGUACAUGACCGGGGUAGUUAGAGCAGUAUGGGAGAGGCCUUUGCCCUGUAGUGGGCGUAACCAGGCUGAUGAUGAUCAUGUUAAAGUGUUGCUGCAGUAAUGUAAAGAGUCAGUGGGCAUAUUACAAGUCCUUGUUGAAGUGCAUGCCCUGCUUGUCUUGGGCAAUUUGGCCUUAUUUUUAUGAAUGAGAAGCAUCUAUGACAGCGAGCUUUAUUCAUAUUGAGAGUCUUGCAGACACAGACCACUUGUCAUUGUAAAAGUUCCCAGCAUAUACAGAUAUGUAUUUUUGACGUAUGGAUGUUCUUGCUCUUGUGCGUGCGUGUCAUAAUGACUGAGCAUGCUGAGUCUCCAUGACUGCAGUUGUGCUGGUCUUGUUGUUUGUCAUAGUUUUGCCAUCCUUGCAUGUGGUGCGCACAUCAUUGUACUGCAACUCCCGAGUUGCCACACAUGUAGUACUAGAUGUAAGUUGUGCACAAUGUAAACAUUAUACAUGUUAUACAUGUGUGAAUUUGCCAAAGUGAAAGGCUUGCCUUGUCAUCUGCUGGCCGCUGCUGCUGUUGCUGCUGUUGCUGCUGUUUCCUGCACAAAUAUAGCUGGAAUAAUUUUUUUCUUUGUAUAUUUGCAUCAUUUUGUUGUGGCUUUUAAGAGUUUGUUGCAGAGUACAUUUUCCUCCUUUUUUUACGUCUGCUUGAACACUUUCGUUCCUUCAUCUAUGCUGUACUUGUGUGCCAUCGUUACACAUUUCGCUUCCAGGCAACCCUGAUGUCUUGAAAAAUAAAUGGUUAUGUUGA